GAUGCAUUUAGAAGUGUUAAUCGUAUGCAAGGUGAUGCAAGGUGAUGCAUCUUCUGUUUGUAAAGAUGGGCAAAAUGCGCAUUUUGCCGAUCGCCAUGCAGUCACCGUGCAAAUUGCAGUGUGCAUAGUCGUUUGCAUGAUGCUGCAUAGUAAUCAGCAAAUGGUUGUCAUUUUUUGUGUAAUGUGA